UACUUAUUACCGACCGACCACCGUCUUCAAACAGAGCUGCAACAGACAACACGCAACUUGGCAGUAUACGACGCCCUACUGCCGGCCGCGUCAUUCCCAUGUUCUACGCCCCGGUAAACAGGCACCAGUAGGUAGCAGAGAUGAUGGCCGGCGCUGGAGCGUGCAUAAGGCGCCCGUCCUGGCUGGCUUCCGGGACCGGCGCCGGGGCUCUGAGGUCCCAACGGGCGUGGCUGCCGGCCGCCGGACGGACAGUGUGUGCAUCGACAACGUGCACGCCUGCCAAAAGGCUGUUCGGACACACGUCGAGGCUAGGCGAGAGAGUCGUCAAGCCUCCCAAGGCGGUCUCGGCCGACGGACUGACAGGCCAGGCCGGGACGCCAGCCGCGUCUCACACUUUGCACAAGGUCUUUUCAGAUAUUGCCUUUGCUUUUGACAUCGACGGCGUUCUGUACCAGGGCCAUCGCGGCAUCCCGGGGGCGCGGGAAAUGUUGCGAGCGAUUCACGCCCUCGGCAUGCGCUACGUGUUCCUGACCAACGGCGGGGGCGCGCACGAGGAUGCCAAGGUGCGGUCGCUGGCCCGUCGUCUGGGUAUGAAGGAUGACGAGGACGCCCUCCGCGGACGCGUUAUCGUGUCGCAUACGCCGAUGCGAGGGUGGGCGGAUAGCGUCAAGGAGCAGACGGUGCUGAUUACGGGUUCGCACCCAGAGACGGCGCGCCAGAUUGCCAUCGAGUACGGCUUCAAGCGUGCAGUCACCCCCGCGGAUCUAAUUCACGCCAAUGACAAGCUUUACCCAUUUGACAACCUCAAGGACACCCUGCACUCGCAGUCUCGGCCGCUGCCAAACGGCAAGUCGGCGUCGAGCAUCGAAGACGCCUACAGCGCCGAUGUUCCGCCAAACGCGCUCCAAAUCGACAAGAUCCUGGUGUGGAACGACCCGCGGGACUGGUCGCUCGAUAUCCAGGUGAUUCACGACCUGCUCGUGUCUCACCGUGGAUACCUGGGCACGGUGUCGAGCAAGAACGGCGACGCGACGCUGCCCAACUACGGGUGGCAGCAAGACGGGCAGCCGGAGCUCUGGAUCUCGAACCUCGACCUCUUCUGGAAGACAGACUACCCGGUGAACCGCUUCGGCACGGGGGCCUUUGUCGAGGCGCUGAGGGGCGUGUGGUCGGCGGUGACGCAGGGCGCGGCAGAGCUGGAGUUUCACGCGCUGGGCAAGCCGUCCGAGUACACGUACGAGUACGCGCACGAGCGGCUGCUGCACGACUACGGCGACGUGGGCUCGGUCAACGCGGCGGCGGUGCAGCGGGGGGAGGGCACGCGCACGCGACACCCGCUGCGGAGGGUGUACAUGAUUGGGGACAAUCCGGAGAGCGACAUCCGCGGGGCCAACGGGUUCGAGCCGGCGGACGGGACCGAGUGGAAGUCGAUCCUGGUCAAGACGGGGGUGUGGCGCGCGGGCACGGAGCCGUCGCACCGGCCGGACGCGGUGGUGGACGACGUCGUGGACGGCAUCGUGUGGGCGCUGCGCAACGAAGGCGUGGUAGACGUAACGAGGGAGGCGCUGACGCGCGGUGCCUGAAUUUUAUGCUGCUGUUAUGUACCCUUUUAGCGAGGCACAAUUGGACGAUUUAGAGUUAGAUUAAGAGAGAUGCUGUGUUCUCUAGACAGAAUGACAGACUACGUAC